AGCUGAGCGGUCCAGGCCCUGAGUGCGUCUCCUCCGGGGGGCCUCGCCCUCCUGCUCGGGGGGCCCGGGCUCCUACUGCCGUUGCUGGCGCUGCUGCUGGCGGCGGCCAGGAUCAUGUCGGGCCGCCGCUGCGCCGGCGGGGGCGCGGGCGCGGCGGCGGAGGCCAUGGAGCCGGCCGCCCGCGAGCUGUUCGAGGCGUGCCGCAACGGGGACGUGGAGCGAGUCAAGAGGCUGGUGACGCCCGAGAAGGUGAACAGCCGCGACACGGCGGGCAGGAAGUCCACGCCGCUCCACUUCGCCGCAGGAUUUGGGCGGAAAGAUGUAGUUGAAUAUUUGCUUCAGAAUGGUGCAAAUGUCCAAGCACGUGAUGAUGGGGGCCUUAUUCCUCUUCACAAUGCAUGCUCUUUUGGUCAUGCUGAAGUAGUCACUCUCCUUUUGCGACAUGGUGCAGAUCCAAAUGCUCGUGAUAAUUGGAAUUACACUCCUCUCCAUGAAGCUGCAAUUAAAGGAAAGAUUGAUGUUUGCAUCGUGCUCUUGCAACAUGGAGCUGAGCCAACCAUCCAAAAUACAGAUGGAAGGACAGCGUUGGAUUUAGCAGACCCAUCUGCCAAAGCAGUGCUGACUGGUGAAUAUAAGAAAGACGAACUCUUGGAAAGUGCCAGGAGUGGCAAUGAGGAAAAAAUGAUGGCUCUGCUCACACCAUUAAAUGUCAACUGCCAUGCAAGCGAUGGUAGAAAGUCAACUCCAUUGCAUUUGGCAGCAGGAUACAAUAGAGUAAAGAUUGUACAGCUGUUACUGCAACAUGGAGCUGAUGUCCAUGCUAAAGAUAAAGGUGAUCUGGUGCCUUUACACAAUGCCUGUUCUUAUGGUCAUUAUGAAGUAACUGAACUUCUGGUCAAGCAUGGUGCCUGUGUAAAUGCAAUGGACUUGUGGCAAUUCACUCCUCUUCAUGAGGCUGCUUCUAAGAACAGGAUUGAAGUGUGUUCUCUUCUCCUAAGUUAUGGUGCAGAUCCAACACUGCUGAAUUGUCACAAUAAAAGUGCUAUAGACUUGGCUCCCACACCACAAUUAAAAGAAAGAUUAGCAUAUGAAUUUAAAGGCCAUUCUUUGCUGCAGGCUGCACGGGAAGCUGAUGUUACACGAAUCAAAAAACAUCUCUCUCUGGAAAUGCAUUGUGCUGCCGCAUCUCCAUACCCCAAAAGAAAGCAAAUAUGUGAACUGUUGCUAAGAAAAGGAGCGAACAUCAAUGAAAAGACUAAAGAAUUCUUGACUCCUCUACACGUCGCAUCUGAGAAAGCUCAUAAUGAUGUUGUUGAAGUUGUGGUGAAACAUGAAGCAAAGGUUAAUGCUCUGGAUAACCUCGGUCAGACUUCUCUGCACAGAGCUGCACACUGUGGUCAUCUACAAACUUGCCGCCUACUCCUGAGCUACGGGUGUGAUCCUAAUAUCAUAUCCCUUCAGGGCUUUACUGCUUUACAGAUGGGAAAUGAAAAUGUGCAGCAGCUUCUUCAAGAGGGUAUCCCAUUAGGUAAUUCAGAAGCUGACCGACAGUUGCUGGAAGCUGCAAAGGCUGGAGAUGUAGAAACCGUAAAAAAAUUGUGUACUGUUCAGAGUGUGAAUUGCAGAGACAUCGAAGGGCGUCAGUCUACACCACUCCAUUUUGCAGCUGGCUAUAACAGGGUGUCUGUGGUGGAGUAUCUGCUGCAACAUGGAGCUGAUGUGCAUGCUAAAGACAAAGGAGGCCUUGUACCUUUGCACAAUGCAUGUUCUUACGGACAUUAUGAAGUUGCAGAACUUCUUGUUAAGCAUGGAGCAGUAGUUAACGUAGCCGAUUUAUGGAAAUUUACACCUUUACAUGAAGCUGCAGCAAAAGGAAAAUAUGAAAUUUGCAAACUCCUGCUCCAGCAUGGUGCAGAUCCUACAAAGAAGAACAGGGAUGGCAAUACUCCUUUGGAUCUUGUUAAAGAUGGAGACACUGAUAUCCAAGAUCUACUGAGGGGAGACUCAGCUUUGUUAGAUGCUGCCAAGAAGGGCUGUUUAGCCAGAGUGAAGAAGUUGUCUUCUCCUGAUAAUGUCAAUUGCCGUGAUACCCAAGGCCGACAUUCAACACCUUUACAUUUAGCAGCUGGCUAUAAUAAUUUAGAAGUUGCAGAGUAUUUGUUGCAACAUGGAGCUGAUGUGAAUGCCCAAGACAAAGGAGGACUUAUUCCUUUACAUAAUGCAGCAUCUUAUGGGCACGUAGAUGUAGCAGCUUUACUAAUAAAGUAUAAUGCAUGUGUCAAUGCCACGGAUAAAUGGGCUUUCACACCUUUGCAUGAAGCAGCCCAAAAGGGACGAACACAGCUUUGUGCUUUAUUGUUGGCCCAUGGAGCUGAUCCUACUCUUAAAAAUCAGGAAGGACAAACACCUUUAGAUUUAGUUUCAGCAGAUGAUGUCAGUGCUCUCCUGACAGCAGCCAUGCCCCCUUCUGCGCUGCCUUCAUGUUAUAAACCUCAAGUGCUCAAUGGCAUGAGAAGCCCUGGAGUCUCUGCAGAUGCUCUGUCUUCGGGUCCAUCCAGCCCAUCAAGUCUUUCUGCAGCCAGCAGUCUCGAUAACUUAUCCGGGAGCUUUUCUGAACUGUCUUCAGUGGUUAGUUCAAGUGGAACAGAGGGUGCUUCCAGUUUGGAGAAAAAAGAGGUUCCAGGGGUAGAUUUUAGCAUAACUCAAUUUGUAAGAAUUCUUGGGCUUGAACACCUAAUGGAUAUAUUUGAGCGAGAACAGAUCACUUUGGAUGUAUUGGUUGAGAUGGGGCACAAGGAGCUGAAAGAGAUUGGAAUCAAUGCUUAUGGACAUAGACACAAAUUAAUUAAAGGAGUUGAGAGACUUAUCUCUGGACAACAAGGUCUUAAUCCAUACUUAACUCUGAACACUUCUGGAAGUGGAACAAUUCUUAUCGAUCUGUCUCCCGAUGAUAAAGAGUUUCAGUCUGUGGAGGAAGAGAUGCAAAGUACAGUCCGAGAGCACAGAGAUGGAGGUCAUGCAGGUGGAAUCUUCAACAGAUACAAUAUUCUCAAGAUUCAGAAAGUUUGUAACAAGAAACUAUGGGAAAGGUAUACUCACAGGAGAAAAGAAGUUUCCGAAGAAAACCACAACCAUGCAAAUGAAAGAAUGCUAUUUCAUGGGUCUCCCUUUGUGAAUGCAAUUAUCCAUAAAGGCUUCGAUGAAAGGCAUGCCUAUAUAGGUGGCAUGUUCGGAGCUGGGAUUUAUUUUGCUGAAAACUCUUCCAAAAGCAAUCAGUAUGUGUAUGGAAUUGGAGGAGGUACUGGGUGUCCAGUUCACAAAGACAGAUCUUGUUACAUUUGCCACAGGCAGCUGCUCUUUUGCCGGGUAACCUUGGGGAAAUCGUUCCUGCAGUUCAGUGCAAUGAAAAUGGCACAUUCUCCUCCAGGACAUCACUCAGUCACUGGUCGACCCAGUGUAAAUGGCCUAGCAUUAGCUGAAUAUGUUAUUUACAGAGGAGAACAGGCUUAUCCUGAAUAUUUAAUUACUUACCAGAUUGUGAGGCCUGAAGGUAUGGUUGAUGGAUAAUUAUUUUAGGAAACUAAUUCCACUGAACCUAAAAUCAUCAAAACAGCUGGUGGCCUCUUAAUUUUUACUCCUUUGCUGAGAAAAAUCAUUGUUCGACAAGCCUGUGGCAAAAGGAUAAAAAAUGUGAAAGAAGUUUUAACAUUCUGACUUGAUAAAGCUUUAAUAAUGUACAGUGUUUUCUAAAUAUUUCCUGUUUUUCAGCACUUUAACAGAUGCCAUUCCAGGUUAAAACUGGGUUUGUCUGUACUAAAUUAUAAACAGUUAACUUGAAUCUUUUAUACGUUAUGCAUUGAUUCUAACAGAAACUGUAAUCCCUCAACAGAACUCAUUUUACUAAUCCAGUACUGUGUUCUUUAAAACACAGCAUUUACACUGAAUACAGUUUCAUUUGUAAAACUGUAAAUAAGAGCUUUUGUACUAGCCCGAUAUUUAUUUACAUUGCUUUGUAAUAUAAAUCUACCGUUUCAGAAUUGCAGUGGUUACAGAUUUUUUUCAUGUGUACCGCUCAUCUGCACUUCAUCCUGCAUCAUCAUGAUUGAUCUUUACAUUUGAUUUCAGAGGCUGUGUUGAGUUGUCAGCAGAGACUUUGUCAGUUGGGAAAGAUUUAUUUAUCACAUUUAAUUUGCUGAUGGAAGCAUUUAUCUCUCAUUAGAAAUCUUUCCCAUUUAAGAGCCUAUUUCAUGAACUCUCUGGGGAUUUAAUUUGUGCUACCUUUAUAUGUAUAAGAUACAUUCCAAAGAGCUCUAACUAUGGUAGUCCUGAAUAUUAAAGAUGCUUCUUUACUGGCAUCAAACUCUAGGUUUCACGUUGGAAAAAGUUUUCAUAUCGUUCUGUGAAAAUUAGAGCAAGUGCUUUUAUUUUUUUAGAAAGGUUAUGUCCUGCCACUGAACAAUUAUGUUGUUCUUUUCAUGGAAUAUAAAUAGGAAGUUAAAUUUCAGAGGUGGGAAGGAUAAUCUUGAAUAAUUUUCCAAUAUGUUCUAAUCACUGUAAAUGUAAGCAGAAAAAAAUUGCAAAUGGGAGUAGGUGGUUUUUUGUCCUAUUUUUUUCCUGUUCUUUUUCCUUGGCCUUACCUUAUACUUACAGCCAGUCUAUACACGAUAGGUAAGCUCCACCCAGAACAUGAAGUGUAGGUGUCCCAGUUCUCUCCUCGCCUCCUGAAUGGGCAGGUGCAGUGAGAAGGGUGCUUCUGCUCUGGGCCACCUCAUCAUGACAUUACAUCCAGUUGGAGAUACGCUAUCCCAUAAAAUACCAUUCCUAGUUUCUAAUAUUAACUAUCUUUUCCAUGAAAAAUGCUAAGGCAUCUUGGUACAGAGACACAAGUUACGGCUUGGCAGUCUUUGUUGACUCUAGCGUCCUCAUAAGUCAAGGCAAGAGUUUUACCCACUUAAGUCUUUGUAAAUGAGGAUGUUCCCAUUCACUCUAUACAAAUUUACCUUUGUUUUACAUUUCAUUCAGUCUCUAACUAAUUGGUCCUUUACAGUAACUUGUACAUAAACUGCUAGAAAAUCAUGGUGGGUUUUUUGCCUUGAUUAAGAGUUAAUCAGAGUAAAUGCAUAUCUGGAGUUUCUGUGAUGUAAGUUGUUUGGCAGCUGUAGAGAGAAUGCUAUCCCAUAAAAUGCCAUGUAAGUUGUGAUUAUUAUUUGAGGUCAAUCCUGACCUUUAAUACAGCUUUCUAAUAAUUGCAAACAUAAUCCUAAAGUCAUUUCUUGGAACUCAAAUGAAGUAUGCCAAAUUUUAUAUAAUUUUUCAGAUUCUGGAAGCUUCCAUGUUUUAUAAUUAAGAUAAUGAGAUGAAUUGAUGGAGUUUAUAUUUACAUACCUUAUCUCUCAUCAUUUAGCCCAUAAUCCUCACCCUAUGAGUGAAUCUGGAAUUGCUUAUCAUGUAAAAUUAUCGUGGUCUAUGAGUUUACAAUAUUGCAGCCUGUGUUGUUUCAUCUAAUCCAUUGCUUAAUUAGUGUGUUCAAGUUUUUCUAUAAAUGAUUAUAUUGUGGUUAAUAUGUUAGCAUGGUGAUAUUUUCAGAUAGCUUUUUGUUUGUUGGGAGCUUGAAGAGGGGGUUGGAGGGAUUUGGGGAAUUUUUUUUUUUUUUUGGAGUUUUUGCAUGAAAUACCUUACUUUAUAAUGAUGGAAUUGCUUUUUCUUUGUUUUGUGAAUUUUUUUGAAGUGAGAUUUAACUUUUUGUGUGAGUAGUACUGUUAUAUUCAUCUAGAGUGUCUUACUUGUACUGUAUCACAUUCCAUACCCUCAUUUAAUUCUUAAUAAACUGUUCACUUGUUUUUUCAGGUAGCAUGGUAAUUACUGGAGUAGUAUAAGUGUGUUGAAUGGAAUUUGAGAAAAUGGAUUAAGAUUACAAUAAACCACAAUUGCAGGAAAA